GCGGCUUAGGCUGCUGCCAAGGAGGUACGUUCACCGUGACGUGGGCAUAUGGACUCUGUUUGCAUGUCCAAAAGUCAUGGAUAAACUAGCCGGCGAACAAACAAACAAUAUCUUUUUGUUCGUUAUCCCAAAUCGGCGCGACAGUGGCAACGAAAUCACUGCAGCUGUGGAGUAAUUUCAGAGGGACAGUGAGAGAAUUCUUCACGGUGGUCAGAUCUGAGUCCAGCAUCAAGCUGAGUGUCAGGUUAACGGCCAAGCUGUCAGACCCCACCGUUUCCUGCAGUCAGCUGCUCAGAACAUAAUGGCCUCAGGACGGGGAGACAUUCCAGUACUUGAGUCCGGCACGCCGUCCUGCCUCAUGGGUGCAUUAUCAUCUCCAAUUGGAAUACAACGACACAAUAUCAGCUAUGAUGAGAACAUGGAUGGCCCUAUGCAUUCCCCACCUUCUGACUUGACUGUCAACAUCCUGUGGAAAGAACCUGUUAUCCCACAGAACAGGUUCAGGAAAACUGAGGAAGGGAAGAGUGGUGGGAAGUUACUGAGCGUUGAGGGAGCACCAUCAGCCAAGUCUCCUGGGCCUGUGGUGAAAGCCAAAGCCACCACUUUAAUGAGCUCGCUAAGGAUCAAGGAAUCCCACAAGAGCCUUGAGGAGUUUGAGCACCAGGCUGGACUAACAGAGUCUGGUUAUUACCCUCACAAGGGCCUUUCUGCUGAAGAGACCCACAUUCACAGACGAGGUGAUGUCACACUGCCGAAGUUGAGAAUGCCAAGUGGAAACUUUAAGGAGGACAGGCUUACAACAUCAGCAUCAACCACCCCAAGUGGCACCCCUUCUGUUACUCCCAACAUCACCCCCUGCGUUAGUCCCUACUCUUCACCGAGUGUUCAUCGCAGGAACUGGUUUCAUCUGAGUCCUGCACCUUUCCUUGCUGCACCUGAGACCCACAGUCCCAACCCAAGCACAGACAUGGGAGGAAAUGAAGGAGGAGGAGGUGAUAGGUGGAGUUUCUUCGGAAUCCGAUCUGUGGUACAGAAGUCCCCCACUGAUCCUGGCUCUGAAACCAGCACAGGUUUGUCUCUGCAAUCUUAUUUUGGUCUGCAGAAAUCCUCAACCAUGGAUGGCACCAACACCCAGGUCAACCUCAAGGUUGAUGACCCUACAAAAUUUAUGCCACCCAAGAUUGAAAUCUCAGACAUUGAAGCCAAGCGGCAAAACCCACGGCCGCAUAAACUCAAACCUCGGGACAUGAAUGUUUUGACACCAUCGGGCUUCUGAAGACCAGCUAUGUAGCUAUUCCUCCGAUUCCACAUUCUCAAUGUUUGUUUUGUUUUGUUUUUUUUGUCUGUCCUCUUGUUCCACAUUUGCCUCCCUGUCUACCUCUGUUCCCUCUGCCUCCAUGCAAUUUCACUCAAGCUGGGGGGAAUGAGGGCCCAUAGUACCUACAGUAUUAGCUAACUAGCAGCAGACUGCACUGCUUCUCCUCCCCAGCUCACAGAUUCAGAUCAGUUGCUGUCUGCUGUCUAUGCCCCCUCCUCUCGUUCUAUCUUAUUAGCCAAAUAAUGCAACAAAUGGAGUAACUUCAUUUGUAACCCUAACAUUGGUACUGCUUCCUAUUGCUUUGUCACGUAAUGGGUGCGUUGGUAUGCAUCGCCUAGAUGUCCUCGUUCCAUUGUCAGCGAUGGCUUGAGAUUAACGUUGAAAUAUCUUGCUGCUGAUCAUGCUAAAGUAGCAAGAUAAUUCAAUUUAUAUCUCAGGUUCCUGUCUUUAAUAGUUUUUGGUUUAAAGUUAUGUAGUGCUUUUCUCCAUCAGCAUGCAGAGUAUCGUGGUAUAUGACUGAUAUUGUGCCUAAGGCUGCAAUGGGUGUGCUUUUGGCAUCAAAUUUCAGCUUUUUUUUUUUUUUUUUUUUUUUUGUUUUUUUUCAUUAUAUGUAAGAGCAUCUGUGACCAUGUGCCUGCUGACCUGAAGUUUUUUCUUUUUUUCUUUUUUUUUUUAUAUGUAUAUUCUGCUUUAAAUCAAGGUUUCUAAAUUGUAGGUAGUGCAGUUUGUUGGGUUUGCCACUUUUUAUUUUCUUCUUUUAAAUGUAGGACUGAAGUGGCCAUUGUCAACUUUUCAACUUUUUUUGCGUGUGUGUGUGUGUGUGUGUGUGUGUGACUGAAUUUUCCUGCUGUUUUGUUUGGGGGGGGAAACUGAUGAAUUCUGCUAAUAAAAUGCACAAGGGAGCUCUCCCACUUUCAUCUGUAAAUAAAUCUCAUUAUGGAACUAAA